GUCAGGACCUGGAGUUGUCCAGCCGGAGCCCUGUGUGGCCAAGCUCAGGCCCCAGCAGCAUUCUUGGGUCAGAGCUGCCCACGGGGCCGCCACAGGGACCUCAGCCAUGAACGGCACGGAGGGCCCCAACUUCUAUGUGCCGUUCUCCAACAAGACGGGCGUGGUGCGCAGCCCCUUCGAGUACCCGCAGUACUACCUGGCCGAGCCCUGGCAGUUCUCCAUGCUGGCUGCCUACAUGUUUCUGCUGAUCGUGCUCGGAUUCCCCAUCAACUUCCUCACGCUCUAUGUCACCGUUCAGCACAAGAAACUGCGCACGCCUCUCAACUACAUCCUGCUCAACCUGGCCGUGGCCAACCUCUUCAUGGUCUUUGGAGGCUUCACCACCACCCUCUACACCUCUAUGCAUGGAUACUUUGUCUUCGGGGCCACGGGCUGCAAUCUGGAGGGCUUCUUUGCCACGCUGGGCGGUGAAAUCGCCCUGUGGUCCUUGGUGGUCCUGGCCAUCGAGCGGUACGUGGUGGUCUGCAAGCCCAUGAGCAACUUCCGCUUUGGGGAGAACCACGCCAUCAUGGGCCUCGCCUUCACGUGGGUCAUGGCACUGGCCUGUGCUGCACCCCCACUGGCCGGCUGGUCCAGGUACAUCCCAGAGGGCAUGCAGUGCUCGUGUGGGAUUGACUACUACACGCUCAAACCGGAGGUCAACAACGAGUCCUUCGUCAUCUACAUGUUCGUGGUCCACUUCACCAUCCCCAUGAUUGUCAUCUUCUUCUGCUACGGACAGCUGGUCUUCACAGUGAAGGAGGCGGCUGCCCAGCAGCAGGAGUCAGCCACCACCCAGAAGGCCGAGAAGGAAGUCACGCGCAUGGUCAUCAUCAUGGUCGUUGCGUUCCUGAUCUGUUGGCUGCCCUACGCCAGCGUGGCAUUCUACAUCUUUACCCACCAGGGCUCUAACUUUGGCCCUAUCUUCAUGACCAUCCCAGCAUUCUUCGCCAAGUCAUCCUCCAUCUACAACCCGGUCAUCUAUAUCAUGAUGAACAAGCAGUUCCGGAACUGCAUGCUCACCACCCUCUGCUGUGGCAAGAACCCACUGGGUGAUGACGAAGCAUCCACCACUGCCUCCAAGACGGAGACCAGCCAGGUGGCACCGGCCUAAGCCCUGCCAAGGACUCGCCGCCGACUGUAGGAGUCUCCCGUCCCCCAACACCCACCCCAGCAACAGCUGCCCGCCAGGAUCUGUGCCUGUCAGACCAGGUCUCACAGGCUCCAUGAGUUAAAAAAAAAUUACCGAGGCUCUCCACCCCUCAUGAGGACGGCUUGAUCUGGAGUCCUGAGUUCCCAGGGGCCAGUGGGAUCUGCACCCUCCUUCCCACUACUCCUCUCUCAGGAACAGAAGAACUCUUGCUGUCUGGAAAUGUGUCCCAGCUUAGGGAUAAGUAUCUAGCAGAGUGGGGCACACAGUAGGUGCUAAAUAAACGCUAGAUAGAGGGAGGAAGGACUGAAUGGGGGAAUGAAUGAAGAGCUGGACGGGCAGGGAGAGCAUAUCUAGCUUCUGAAAACCGCCUCAGUAGCAGCAGUUCCAUGGCUGACGGCCUUGAGCAGUUGUUUUGCUCCCUGGGCCUCACCUUCUUUCCCUGUGAAAUGGGAAUCCUGAGUCCCUGGUCCUGCCAUUCAUGGCUGCUGUGAAGAUCAAAUGAGGUGUGUGUGUGUGUGUGUGUGUGUGUGUGUGUGUGUGUGUGUGAAAGCACUUUGUAAAGGAGCUGUACAGAUUAUAGUUAAUGUUAUGAAUAACAUCAAUUAUUGUAAUUAAUUAAUUGCUAUUAUCAUCUCCUCUUCAUAGUGACCAUUUUGAGAUUGGACAGACCCCCAGUAUCCAGCCUCACCAGGUUUUGUUUUUUAAAUUAGCCAGGCGUCAAGGCCAGACCAGAUCUGGGGGUUGGGCUGCAGGUAGGGACAGUUGAGUGAAUGUAGAAUGCAGUCAUCAGACCUGACGAAACAACAUCGGACUGGAGUCUGGGACCAAGGUCUGGAGUCUCACCUCUGGCCUGGAGCCCCAGCCCAGUGCCUCCCCUCCCCAGCCUGUGAAGAGACAGGCCCUUAUCUCAGCUCUGGAAACCAUGUGCUCUCCUACCCAGCACUCGGGCCACGGCACAUCUGGGCCAGGAUGGAGCUUCUAGAAGCCAUGCUCAUCUGCCCACAUUUAAUAAAGAGCUGAGUCUCCAAUGUCACCCUUGUCUUGAAGAGCAUAGAAACAAAGAGUGGGAAAUUCAUUUGGGCCCACCUUCCCUGGGGACGUUCACAGGUCCCAGAUUCCAACCCUUGCUGAUGAGCCCAUCUUUGGCAGCUCCAGUCCAUUCUCCAUUCUGGAGAGUCCUUGCUGUGAAGCUGGGCAUCAGAAUUGAGCUGCCUCAGUAACUGACCCCUCCUUCUUCACAUAACCAGAGCUGGAAGCUCUAGCUCUCUCCAGUCCUGCCUGGAGACUAAGGCAAAUUGGGGCAUUAAAAGCUCAGCUCCUGUA